ACACAUUCGACUCGCCUUGAGCGCGAACCACUGACUUAAGCCAAGAGGUUCAAACGUUCUCUCGAGUUCUGCCUGUCCUGCGAUCUGCUAGUUGUUCUCAGUGAAGAGUACUCCGGAGUUGGAUCCCGUCAAAAUACCAUGGCGUUCAAUGGAAGCUCAUGCUGUCAGCGUGCCAGGGAGCACCCGCUCGUCAUGUGGGCCCCCUUGAGCAGCGAGCUCGAACCCUCAUUGUCACUCAUCAGCUGGUUCGACGAUCAGAUGGCAAGGAUGCAAGGGGAUUUGGCCCAGAACAGAUUCUUCGAUGUUCCUGAAGUUGGCCGCAUCGAUUUCGACCCUCGCAGGAGAUCGCGACUCUUCGAUGCUCUGUUCUCCAACGACGCCAUCGACACGGCGAUGAAGUUCCAUGAGAAUCCCAACAAGAACCGUGUUGAAUGUCAAGUGAGCACCGGAUGCGGAGAUUUCUUCCGGCCGGAAGACAUCGAAGUCAAUGUGAAAGACCGGAACGUCGAAUUUAAAGCUCGCCGCGAACAGAAGUCCGAAGACGGUCAUAACUACACGGUCAGGGAAGUUCGUCGCGUGUUCUCUGUUCCCGAAAACGCCGAAGUCGACAAACUUCAAGCCGAGAUGGGUCCGAACGGAAAAGUGAUGCUCACUGCUCCAUUGCUGAAGCCGAAACCGAUCGAGAACAAACCGAAAGGACCUGUGCCGAUCAAGAUCAACAGGAAGUGAUCUCAUCGUCGACUCCAUGGAGUACAGCGCGAGGAGUUUACUUGGACCCUGCAUCCCGAUAUAACUUGGAUCGCGAGUGAAGCCUGUAUCAUGUUAGGAAAGUCUAUAAUAGAACAAUAUGCAGAACCACCAUGGACGACGUGAUCUCAAGAUGAGUGUAAUAUCAUUCGCUCAGUCCACAUUCAAAUAAUAAAGUGCAGUCAGUAUUUUCAU